AACGGCACUUUACGGCAGUCCAUGAACUACAUUCGCGCAGUCGCAGUUUGCUGACCUUCUGUGGAGCUCCUCAAGCAAGCAUGGCUGCCCGGGCGCUAACCAAAGGGCUUUUGGGACUACGACACACGAGGGCUGCUGUGAUUGGACACCAGUAUGCCACUGCAGCCUCCAUCAAAUCACCCCAAAUCAAGAUUGAUGACGUCACAGACAAAGUCAUAAACCAGCCGCUUGAGAAGCCGGACUUCUUCCGUGUGUCCGAGCUCUUCUCCCUGAAAGACCUGUUCGAAGCCAGAGUGCAUCUUGGCCACAAAAAAGGUUGCAGACACAGGCUUAUGGAGCCGUACCUCUAUGGCUGCCGUUUGGACCAAGACAUAAUUGACCUCGACCUGACGGUGGAGCACCUUCAGCAAGCCCUGAACUUCACCGCCCACGUAGCGUACCGCGGUGGCGUCAUACUGUUCGUCAGCCGCCAGCGUCAGUUUGUCCACCUGGUGGAGAGCACCGCUAAGAAUUGUGGGGAGUACGCACACACGCGGUACUGGCAGGGCGGCCUCCUUACCAACGCCCCCAUCCAGUACGGACCCGGAGUCCGCCUACCUGACCUCAUCAUCUUCCUCUCCACUCUCAACAAUGUGUUCCAGCCGCACGUGGGAAUCAGAGACGCGGCAAAGAUGAACAUUCCCACGGUCGGCGUGGUGGACUCAAACUGCAACCCCAGCCUGGUGACUUACCCGGUGCCCGGAAACGACGACACUCCAGUUGCCAUGGAGAUGUACUGUCGCUUAUUCAAGAUGACCAUCAACCGCGCCAAGGACAAAAGGAGACAGAUGGAGCUACUGCACGGCCUGGCUGCACCGCCCACUUCAAACUCGUGACAUGAUAUAUUGUUAAAUAAGAGACGUUAAAAAAAAUUGCAUUUAAAAAAAAGUUCAAACUGUCUGUUGCUCCCUUUCAUCAUACAUCUGUAUUAGAAGAAAAGGUGUGACGCUAGUGUUCAAGGCUGAGUCCACAAUGUUGUCUUGUGUUAAAAUUGAAGUUCUGCAAAUCUCACUCUUUAAUGAAUCUACUUUCUGUGA